AAACUCUGUUUGAACAAUAUGAUAGUAUAGUCUCGGUUGAUAGCAUUUCAACUUCAAAUCAUUGGUUUUUAAAUCGGACAUAUUUCCUUUGACCCAAUCUAUAUCUAAACCGGCUUGAUAAAUAUGGAUAAGGGAUCACCAUAUCCACAGUCGCAGCCUCAACAACAGUACGGUCAACCUCCACAGCAGUAUGGUCAGCCUCCACAACAGUAUGGUCAACCACCACAGCAGUAUGGUCAACCGCCCCAACAGUAUGGUCAACCGCCCCAACAGUAUGGCCAGCCACCAGCUUACGGUGGUGGACAGCAGCAACAGUCAUCAACAGUUGUGAUUGGACAGCCGCAGACUUUAGUGUUACAACAAACAUACAGAGACUCGCCAGUACGUACGACGUGUCCAUCAUGCAAUGCAGAUAUAAUGACAGCCAUUUCAUUUGAAGUAGGAACGAUGGCUUGGGUAGUGGCUGGUUGUCUCUGUAUAUUUGGGUUAUGGCUCGGAUGUUGUCUGAUUCCAUUCUGUGUUGACGGCUGUAAGGAUGUUGUUCACACUUGUCCAAACUGUAAUCAUAUGGUGGGAAGGUUCAGCAGAAUGUGAUAAAAAAGACAUUUUUUUCAAAAAUAAGACCAGAGCAUUUAUAUAAAAUAUGAAUGAACAGCAUAGAUUAAGACCGCUAACAAGCUUUUAUAUUAACGUAUAUGGACAUUUCUUUAAAUAAAAACAUUAUAAUUUUG